AUGCGGCGGCGCUCUAUCCCCCCGAGCACGAGUGUGUACACGGCCUUGAUCAGCGCAUGCGACAAGGGCAAGCAGCAAGAGAAGGCCAUGGAGCUGUUCGACGAGAUGAAGGCGCAGCAGUGUACCCCGAACGCUGUCACUUACAACGCACUCAUCAGCGCCUGCGGGCGUGGCAGCAACCCUGAGAGGGCGCUGGAGGUCUGGGAGGAGAUGCGGUCGAACAGACUCUCCCCGACCGUGGUGACAUACACGUCCCUCAUCGGUGCCAUGGGUCAGAGCCAGAUCCCCGAGAAGGCGUGGGAGUUCUACGAGGCCAUGAAGGCGAGCCAGAUCGAGCCCAACUACAUCACCUUCGGCAAGCUGAUGCACGCGUGCUCCCGGAGCCAGAGCGUGGACAAGGCCGACAUGGCUCUGGGGCUCUACAAGGACAUGGGGGAGCGCGGCAUCCAGGCGGACUCGUACACGUUCGGCGCCCUGAUCAGCGCUUGCAAGGAGAAAUACCCCCAGAAGGUCACGGAGCUCUACUCGGAGAUGCGGCGGCUCAGGGUCGCGCCCGACGCCGGCACCUACAGCACCGUGAUCAGCGCCUGCGACCGAAGCGCCCAGACGGGCAGGGCCGCCCAGGUGUUCUCUUCCAUGAAGCAGCAGGGUGGCCAGUCCCAGAGCAACCUCGGCGCGUACAACGCGAUGAUCAAUGCGUGCGGGAGUGGGGACAAGACCUUGGACGACGCCUUGGCGCUGCUGAAGGAGAUGCAGACGAAGGGCCCCGCGCCCGACGCUGUGACCUACUCCACGGUGAUGAAGCUCUGCGAGCGGGCCCGCCGGCCGGAAGACGCCCUCCAGGUAUUCGAUGCCAUGUGUAAGUCUGGAUGCACGGUGGACCGCAUUUGCUGCAACUGGGCCCUGUCCGCGUGCGAGCAGCUGCGGAACGUGGAGCGGGGACUUGCACUUUUCGACUACAUGAAGAAAAGUCGCUGGCCCUCGAGCCGGACGCGAGCACCUAUGGCCUGCUCAUCAGCGUUUGCGGCAAGUGCAAGUGGGGCAACAAGGCGGCCGAGCUCUUCCAGGAACUCCAGGACAAUAAGCUGGUCCCGAACCGCUUCGUUUACAACGCCAUGA